UAAGAUCAAGAAGCAAAGCCAACCAAGCCACUCAUCAUUUGCAUCCAAAAUCCUCUUCCAUUCAAAAAAGCCUCAGAGCAGUUCAAGGACUCAACCAAGAGUGAAUCAUGGCUUGCUGGUCUGCAGAAAAUGCCACAAAGGCCUACCUCAGCACUUUGAAAAUGGGUCAAAAGGGAAAAGAGCCAGAUGUGGCUGAGUUUAUAUCAGCACUAGCUGCAGGAAACAAUGCACAACACAUGGUUGUGGCAUGUGCUGGUGCAGCAGACUCCACCACACUAGCAUUGGUUGCUGCUGCUCAUCAAACUGGUGGCCAAGUCAUUUGCAUUGUCCCUUCCCAUGAAGCCCUAAGAGCCUCCAAACAUGCCUUGGGAGUGGCCUCUCAUCAAGUUCAAUUCAUGGUUGGAGAAGCUCAACAGCUUCUGCAAGACCACUAUGAUCAGGAAGCAGAUUUUGUGCUUGUUGACUGCAACCUUGGGAGCCAUGAAGAGAUCCUCAAAGCAUUCCAAGAGGGUAGGAAGCAAAGUGGCACAGUGGUUGUGGGGUACAAUGCUUUUAGCUGCACAAAGUCUUGUUUGUCAAGUGGGUCAAAAACACAGCUUCUUCCUAUAGGAGAAGGGCUUCUAGUGACUAGAUUUGGAGCCACUCAAACAAGUCCUAAAUAUGGCAGCAGAAAUAUGGGGAAGGUCAAAAGCCGUUGGGUUGUCAAGGUAGAUAAAUGCACUGGCGAGGAACAUGUGUUCAGGGUCAGAUUUCCUCACGGAAAAGUCAUCCAAGCUUAAGCAUAUCAUAUCCAUUUUGUUCUUGGCAAAAAUGAGUGCUAAAUUUUGCUUCUAUUUUGAAGCAACUAGGAGUUAGUCCUACUUUACAAUGUAUAUACCAAAUUAUAAAUAUAUAUUGGAUAAAAUUGGUUGGAAAGUUUUGUUAUGCAAGCAUAUAUAUGUUCUAAUGAAGAGAGACUAAAAGCUAGGCAUAACAAAUCAUCAACAACUACAUAUUCUUCGUCAAAUGAAAUUGUCUCUCCCCUAAGAUCCAUGGAAAUGUCCAUGGCACCUUCGCCCAAGGUUCCUUAAAGACACUUGAAGUCACGAGGGCAUGUAUACGAAUC